GAUUUUUAUUUUAUUUUCCAACCUCUCACCUCAUCCUUUUUCUCACUACCGCGUACAUUGCUCACUGUUGCGCUACAAACACUUUCUAAUGUUACUUUGACUACGACCCUUCUUGUCGUAACCGGUGCUGUCACUUUGAAUCGGGCUCUUCCAUCCUUCCAGGGAUAUAAGACGCCCCGAAUGCCCUCCUCAACUUAAUUCAUCUCCCUCCUUCAGGCGUCCGACUUUCGCGCAUCCCCGACUCUCACCCGCCUCCCUCAUCUCUUCCUCAUCAUCAUCUCAUACAUCUCAUCCAAUCUUUCAUCCGUAAUACACCCAGCAUCAUACAUAUUGAUACCCCUUACAUAUAUCCAAAAUGGCCGACCCAAAGGUCCCCUCCCCCGUCCAAGAGGACAAGGAAACGGGCAUCCACCACCACACCUCAAUCACAGACGACGCCCCCAAGAACCACAACGCCCACAAUGCCGCGCACCCAGAAGACCUCGCCGCGGAAGCCGCCCAAGCCGCCUCGGCAGAACACAAAAUGUCCCUCCUCGAAGCCAUCCGCACCUACCCAAAAGCAAUCGGCUGGUCCGUCCUCCUCUCCUCCACCCUCAUCAUGGAGGGCUACGACCUCGCCCUCCUCAGCAACCUCUACUCCUCGGCCGUCUUCCAGCGCAAGUACGGCACCUUUGUCGAGGCCCAGAACAAGUACGUCAUCUCCGCCGCCUGGCAGUCCGGCCUCAGCAACGGCGCCCGCGCCGGCGAGAUUUUCGGGCUCGUUAUCGCGGGCUGGACGGCGGAUCGGUACGGGUACCGGGUUACGACUAUGGGGUUCUUGGUGUUGAUGAUUGCGUUUAUCUUUGUGCUGUUUUUCGCGCCGAAUGUGCAGAUUUUGGUGCUUGGGGAGGUUCUCUGCGGAAUCCCAUGGGGUGCUUUCCAGAGUGUCACGCCGGCAUACGCCUCCGAGGUCGCUCCCGUCGUUCUUAGGCCGUAUCUCACCACCUUCAUCAACAUGUGCUGGGUCAUCGGACAAUUCUUCUCCGCAGCCGUCAACAAGGGCUCCUACCACCACCAGGACGAAUGGGCCUACAGAAUCCCCUUUGGAGUCCAAUGGGUCUGGCCCAUCCCCAUCCUCGUCGGCCUCUUCUUCGCCCCAGAAUCCCCCUGGUGGUACGUCCGCCACAACGACAAACCAGCCGCCAAACGCGCCCUCCUCCGCCUCACCUCCCGCAACCAGCCAAACUUCAACCCAGACGAGACAAUCGCCAUGAUAGAACACACCAACGAGCUCGAGAAGCGCGCAAAAGAGGGCGUGACCUACGCAGACUGCUUCAAGGGCGUCGACCUCCGCCGCACCGAAAUCGUCGUCGGCAUCUGGCUCGUCCAGACCCUCGGCGGCCAGAACCUCAUGGGCUACUUUGCCUACUUUCUGACGCAGGCCGGCAUGGACCCGGGGAACUCUUUCUCCCUAUCAAUGGGCCAGUACGCCCUCGGCAUGGUCGGCACCGCGGGCUCCUGGUUCCUCAUGUCCCGCAUCGGCCGGCGCACGAUCCACUUUUCCGGCCUCUGCGCGCAAUUCUGCCUGCUGCUGAUCGUCGGCUGCCUCUCCUUCUCCAACAGCAACGCCUCCGUCUGGGCCAUCGGCGCCAUGCUCAUCGUCUUCACCUUCGUCUACGACUUCACCGUCGGUCCCGUAACGUACUCCCUCGUCUCGGAACUCUCCUCCACGCGACUCAAGAACAAGACCAUCGUCCUCGCGCGCGCGGGCUACAACGCCAGCAACAUCUUUGUCAACGUCAUGACGAAUUACCAGCUCUCGUCGACGGCGUGGAACUGGGGCGCGCGCACCGCGCUGUUUUGGGCCGGCACGUGUCUGCUCUCGUCCGUGUGGGUGUAUUUCCGCGUGCCGGAGCCAAAGGGGAGGACGUACGCCGAGCUGGAUCUGUUGUUUGAGCACAAGGUCUCGGCGAGAAAGUUUGCGGAGACGAAGAUUGAUCCGUACUCGCAUGAGCUCAACAGUGAGAAGAAAUUGGCCGAGGAGCACUAACUUACGUCUCUAAUGUACGGGAAAAAGAAGAGAAGAUGGAAAGGAUGUUUAAGGGGACGGGUCUUGAGGAUGUU